AUGCCACAGAUGUCUCAAGGAGACCGUGUUGAGACAUUCUCUACAUCCAGAGAGACACAGCAGGAAGAUCACAGAGCUAAGAGGUCUCACCACUGCCCACAUUGUGAGGAGAAUUUUCCAAUUCUAUCAAAGCUAAAAGUACACUUAAAAAUACACACAGGAGACAAUCUGUAUUCCUGUACUGACUGUGGGAAGAAUUUCACAACAUCAAGGGCUCUGACACUUCAUCAGAGAGUGCACACAGGAGAGAAGCCUUACUCCUGCUCGUACUGUGGAAAAUGCUUCACAACAUCAUCUGAGUUAACAGUUCAUCAGAGAACACACACUGGAGAAAAGCCUUAUAUCUGCUCUGACUGUGGGAAGAGUUUCUCCCACCUGUGUAACUUUAAAGCACACCAACGUAUACAUGCAGGAGAGAAGCCGUUCUCCUGCUCUGACUGUGGGAAGAGUUUCUCUCAACAGAACCAUUUAAAAUCACACCAACGUAUACACACAGGAGAGAAGCCUUACUUCUGCUCUGACUGUAGGAAGAGUUUCUCCCACCUGUGUAACUUUAAAGCACACCAACGUAUACAUGCAGGAGAGAAGCCGUUCUCCUGCUCUGACUGUGGGAAGAGUUUCUCUCAACAGAACCAUUUAAAAUCACACCAACGUAUACACACAGGAGAGAAGCCUUACUACUGCUCUGACUGUGGGAAGAGUUUCUCUCGAUUGGAUACCUUAAAAUCACAUGAACGUAUACAUACAGGAACGAAGCGUUACUACUGCUCUGACUGUAGGAAGAGUUUCUCCCACCAGGGUAUCUUAAAAAAACACCAACGUCUACACACAGGAGAGAAGCCUUACUCCUGCUCUGACUGUGGAAAAUGCUUCACAACAUCAUCUGAUCUACAAGUUCACCAGAGAACACACACUGGAGAAAAGCCUUACAUCUGCUCUGACUGUGGGAAGAGUUUCUCUCAACAGAACCAUUUAAAAACACACCAACGUAUACACACAGGAGAGAAGCCUUACUACUGCUCUGUCUGUGAGAAGAGUUUCUCUCAAGAGAGCAACUUAAAAACACACCAACGUAUACACACAGGAGAGAAGCCUUACUACUGCUCUGACUGUGGGAAGAGUUACUCUCAAGAGAGCAACUUAAAAACACACCAACGUCAACAUAAAGGAGAGAUGCCUCAUCAGUUCUCUCAGACCGGAUAAGAUUAAAAUCACUCCAUCACUCAAUUUUCAUCUCAUUGCUUGACUUGGACUGAAAUAGGUGCCGGUACUGUUUUAUAUUUAGCUUCCACCACAUACAUCAUUCAUAAGUAAAUUAUCUGUUAUAGAAUAUAAAUUGGUAUGUGUUAUUCACUGACAUGUGGACUUAAACUUCAUUGUGUUCUGUGACAUUUUAAUCACUGUGUUUUAGAGAUGAUCUCUUUUAUUUAUGUAUGUUUCUGUUGUGAGGUCAACACACGUCUAGCAGAUUGAAUUAGUCUGUCAUAGGUUGUUAUUCUAUUCGUAUUAUACGGUCAUUCAUCAGUUCUGCCCCACAAAGGAAAAUGUCAAACUCACUGAUGUACUUUCUGCAGAUUCAGUUUGUUAUAUUUUCCAUGUUGUUAGAGAGUCAGGCGUUGUACAUUAUUAAAAUAACAAGAAUGAUCAAA